AAUAAUAAUAAUAAAUAAUGAUAAAAUAGAUUAUAGAUUACAGGAUAUAGAUAGAUCAUAGAGCGAAGAAAGUGAGAAAUAAGGAUGGGAAGCUCGACGACGCAGCAAGCAUACGGUGAGGCAUGGUACUGGGACAAGCGAUACGCCCAGGAAUCAGCAGGUUCCUUCGAUUGGUACCAGAAGUACAAUUCCUUAGCACCUCUUAUUCGCCUCUACAUCCCUCCUCUUUCCCACCAUCGCAAUCGCAUCCUCGUCGUCGGAUGUGGCAACUCUGCACUUAGCCAGGGCCUGGCCGAUGAUGGUUAUGAGGAUGUCGUCAGUAUCGAUAUAUCCUCUGUGGUGGUUGAAGUUAUGCAACGCAGAUACUCUGAUCGUCCCUGUCUCAAAUAUUUGCAAAUGGAUGUGCGAGAUAUGAGUGGUUUUCAAACAUCUUCCUUUGAUGCCGUUGUUGACAAAGGAACUCUGGACUCUCUCUUGUGUGGGAACAAUUCCCGUCAAAAUGCUACUAAGAUGCUUGAGGAAGUUUGGAGGGUCCUCGAGUAUGAAGGAGUUUAUAUCCUGAUUACAUAUGGAGCUCCACUUUAUAGACUGCGUCUGUUGAGAGAUUCCUGCUCUUGGACUAUAAAACUUCAUGUCAUAGAGAAACUAGCAACUGAAGGAGCUUCUCAAAAUCCAUUAUGGGAGAUUACAAAUGCUGUUCCAUUAAAUUAUGAUGGCACUUCAGUGGAGGCAGCGCUUGGGAACAACCCUGAUGUCCACUAUAUUUAUGUUUGUAUCAAGGAGGAUGAUUCUUCAAAGGCCAGCUGAAUGAGGAAUAUUUGCAUCUUUAAACUUCAACAUUGUGAUUCUUUUUUUUUUUUUUUUUUUUUUUUUUUCUCUUUUUGGACUUCAAAAUCAUUGUUAUAUAUAUAUAUAUAUAUAUAUAUCAACAAGUAGCUAUUAACAAUAUAAAUUGGCCAUUUCUUUUCAUGGA